AUGCGCGACACCCGUACGCACAAGCACGACUUGGACGCCGAUGUGAAGCCUUCGGCGAACCCUUCGAUGCGCUUUAGCACCACGGUGCCGACGCACUCGAUGGGCUCGAUGGAGGCUGCCGCGCGUCAGUACGGCAUGUCGGGUCACCGCAAGCAUGACGGCGAGAGCUCGUCGCCGCCCCGCCUCGCUGUUCCCCCGUCGGGCUCUCCGGCGUCGUCGGUGGAUGCGGAUGGCGACUACAAGGACGUGCACGGAUCGUACCAAUCGAACCAGCUCCUGCACAAGUGCGAGAGCUGCUCGAAGGUAUACCGCCAUCCCAGCUGCCUAGUGAAGCACCGCUGGGAGCACACCAUGUACUGGAAGGAGGCGUCCAAGUUCCUGAUGAGCAAGCAUCAGCAGGUCCAGCUUCUGGAAGCGGCCGCGAUCCUUGUUGGCAUGGACUCGAAUGCUCGUUCGCUGCCGGAAGAAAAGGCGCUGUGGCCGGUCAACUUCAACAAGCUUAUGGCGAGCAAGGCGCGCAACAACUCGCCUCUCCCUAAUGACCCCCAACACCCCGUGCCGUUCGGCACGUCUGCCCCGACCCACCCUGCACAGAUGAUGGGGGACCAUGUUGGUGGACCCCAUCGUACCACACAAAAGUCGUCGGGGCGCGAACCCUCGGAUGAAGAUAUGGAAGAUGAAGAUAUGGGCGCUGGAGACGACUCGUCGGAGCUUGAUCUUACCACUCGCGAGGACGCCUACGGCCUCAACUCGGGCGGUGAUGUCAUGGCCGACAUGCAGGACAUGGAAGCAGACGAGUAG